AUGGAUUCGCCAUCCUCUGCAUCGGAGGCGUACGACGCCUCCACUCCUCGUCAGCAGCAGCAGCAGCAGGAAGACAGACAGCAGCAGCAGCAAGGCAACAGGACCAGCCCAGGAACGACUCUGCAGUCUGCAGAUGCAGCGCGGGUAUGCAUGGAUCCUUCGGAUAUGGAGGCAGCAGCAGCAGCAGCAGCCGACGCAGCAGACGCUGCAGCAGCAGAAGCAGCAGCAGCAGCAGAAUAUAACGGAGAAGAGGAGAGGGAUAAAACAAUUAAACAUAAAAGACAGUCAUUAGUUAGUGUACGCACUAAAUCCCCACAGAAACGCCAACAGCAGCAGCAGCAGCAGCAGCAAACGCAGCAGCAGCAGCAGCAGCAGGAACCGCAGACGGACCUUCUACCGCAAAAGGCGGUAGAGGACGAGGGUUUCUAUGAGGACAAACAAGAGCAGCAGCAGCAACAGCAACAGCAACAACAGCAGCAGCAGCAGCAGCAGCAGCAAUUGAAGGCAGAGUUAGUAUGUGCAGCAGCAGCACAUAUUGGCAGCAAAGGAGAAAAAGGAUUCCCUUUGCUGCACCCAUUAGGAGACAGCUGCUGCUGCAGUCCUAUUGUCUCUACUGCAGCAACAGCUGUUCCCUCAACAAUAGGGGAGGCAGAAGAAGCAGCAGCAGCAGCAGCAGCGGAAGCAGCAGCAGCAGAAGAAACACCAGCAGCAGCAGCAUCAGCAGCAGCAGCAGUUGCUGCAGAAGUUGCAGCAGCAAAAGUUAAUUCGUUGUUGUUUCCCCUCAAGCAGGAGGUCUGGACACAAACUAACCAGCAGCAGCAGGAGGAAGAGCAGCAGCAGCAGCAGCAGCAGCAAGACGUGCAAACCCAGCUGGAUACACAGUGCCUCAAGGCUGAGAAGACACACAAACAAGUCUUGUAUCAGCAGCAGCAGCAGCAGCAACAGCAGCAGCAGCAGUCAUGGAGAGGCGUUAUAGGAAGAGCAGCAGAAAAGACACAGCAGCAGCUGCGUGUGCUGCUGCAGCUGCUGCUGCAGCACCCAGCACUUCUAUCUGCUGUUCCUUCUUUGCUGCUAGCAGGAGUACCAAUUGCCACGGGCUCGCUCUGUCUUAUUGCUGCAAGCUUCCUACCAGUAGGCUCUGCGGGUUGUUGCCAGUUUGUCUUGGGGUUUAUUUCUUAUGGAAAAGGAGAGGAGAGGUGCAACAGGGAGAGAGCAAAUGGCAUCGAUUUG